AUGGGGAGUCCGGAGAAGAACCAAAGCAAGGGAGGUUUCUUCUCAACCAUGACAUCAAUGUUCAGCAACGCCAUGCAUAGAUCUGUGGGCGGAUUGCUCGGUUAUGAAGGUGUGGAAGUUAUAAAUCCGGAAGGAGGUAAAGACGAUGCUGAAGAGGAAGCUCAGAGAGGAAGAUGGAAGCAGGAGCAUCAUGGGCAAUAUCUGUUUACUAUGCAUACCAACGUACCUGGAAGCCUUUCAAUCCAAUUCUUGGAGAGACUUAUGAAAUGUUUUAACCACGGUGGGAUUACAUUAGUUGUGGAACAGGUGAGCCAUCAUCCUCCUAUGAGUGCUGGACAUGCUGAAAAUGAGCAUUUCACUUAUGACAUGACUUCUAAGUUAAAAACUAAAUUCUUAGGGAACUUGCUUGACAUCUAUCCCAUUGGAAGGACACGUGUGACUCUUAAAAGAGAUGGUGUUGUCCUGGAUUUGGUUCCACCUCCUACUAAGGUUAACAAUUUAAUUUUUGGACGAACUUGGGUGGAUUCACCAGGAGAAAUGGUCAUGACAAAUUUAACUACUGGAGAUAAAGUUGUUCUCUAUUUUCAACCUUGCGAACUUAGCAUUAGAGAUACUGGGGGGUAG